AGCGCGCGUGCGGCAGGGCCUGCAGGUGGUGGGCGCCGAACUGGCCUCCGACCGCUGGAACAUCAGCGUGACGUCGAGCAAGCGGCGCGGCGCCGUCACCGUCACGGCCUCCGGCAGCGGGCGGCAGGGGCCGCCACCGCCGCUGCCCACCGGCGACGCAGCUACCGCCGACGGGGCGUACGAGGUGUUUACGCUGAUGCUGCAAGUGGACGAGCAUCCGGAGCUGCGUGAGGGCGGCAAGGUCAUAUGGCGGAUCCAGUACCUGCCGGCCGCCUUGUCGGCUGGCGACGAGCCCAAGGAGGCGCGGCGCAAGACACGCCGCAAGAUUAUCACCCAGCUUAACCUACAGAAGGACGACACGCAGAUCGUACUGCCCAUGGCCAAGACCACGGACCUGGUAAACACGGCCAUGCUGACCGGGGCGCAGGUCACUGAGCCGCUGCGGGUCUUCAUGGUCACGCAGUCGGGAGACGUAGCUGACGUCACGCUCAAGUCCUCCUGCAAGUCCACCGACGAGAGCGUGCUCAAGGUGUCAUCUUCGUGCACGUCCGUCUACCUGGAUGGCUCGGAGGCGCGCGGCAGCCAGAACGCCACCGUCAUCGUCAACUACGGCUCCUACCACGGCUCGGCGAGUUUCCGCGUCUGGGUGCCGGAGGAGCCGCUGGACAUCGAGAUCCCGGAUCCGAAGCUCAGCCAGAUCCGCGGCUGGGAGGUGCGCCUGCCCGAGACCAACAAACACCCCAACGACCUGGGCAGUCUGUUCGCGGUCACGGAGACGUACCAGAGCGGCGGCGGUGGACAGAUCUGCGAGCUGCGCUACCAGCAGACCGAGAUCGAGGUGUACGCCAAGUUCGUCUCCCGAGAUGACAACUCCGGCCGCGUCUCGUAUGUGGCAGGAAGGAAGACGUCGCUGCGCGUCACUGACCUGGUCAGAGGUCAUCUCCGGGUCGCUGACCCUCAGUUUGCCACGCUCCGAGGCAACCUGCUGGUGGGCAAGGCCCAGGGACGCACCAAAGUUCAGCUGUUGUCACCCAUCACCGGGGCUGAGGUGGCCAGCCGGGAGUUCCGCGUGGCCGCCGACCGCGUGGCCGUGUCGGCGCUAGAGGCCGGCGUCAUCAGCGGACUGCAGCUGACCGUGUCAAGGCGCGCCGACAACGAGUACGCCGCCGUCACUAGCGUCACCAGCCGGCUAACGGCCCAGUACCAGGAGGGCCUGCUGGACAUGAC